AGCAAAGUUUCAAAAGGAUUCCAGGAAAAACAGAAGAGAAGAUGGGGCGCCAUCUCCUCCAAGUCUUGCUUCCUGCAGUCAUUUCAGCACUCCUGCUUUGGGAGGGAGUCCAGUGCAACAAAAACAGGUACUCUCUGGAAAUCACUUCCCCGGUAAUUGUGCAAGCGGGUCUCCGCGUCAACCUCCCGUGCAAGUUCACUUAUGACACAUCGCGCGACAACCCACGUGCUAUAUUGUAUGGGUAUUGGUAUGUGGACGACAAGCAAAUCCGCAAGCCACGUUUAGUGGCCACCAGUAAUCUGGAGAGAAUUAAGGAGAUAAGCCCUCAUGUUAGAGAUCGUUUUGAACUGUCAGAGCGAAAACUGAACCAGGGCGACUGCUCCCUCACCAUCAGGGAUGUCAAAGCAGCCGAUGAGGGUAUUUACCACUUCAGGAUGGAGAAAGGUCGCAAAAGAUACAGUUAUUCUGCAGCAAAAGAAAGAGUGUCUGUCAUUGUGACAGUUGAGUUCCUGAAAGGUGGGUGCUGCUGA